AUGGGAACCGUGGUGCUGGCACUGUACCUUCUGGCUGUGGCUCUCCCAUGCAUGGCCACUGCCACGCUGCGCAUUGGUGCCUUCAACAUCCAGGCGUUCGGUGACACCAAGAUGUCCAACGAGGAAGUGGCGGGCAUCAUCAUCAGUAUCCUGAGCCGCUACGAUGUGGUGCUGGUGCAGGAGGUGCGCGACUCCGACCUCAGCGCCGUCACCCAGCUCAUGGAGCAGCUCAACAGUGUGUCCACGUCCCCAUAUGACUAUGAGAUCAGCCACCCCCUGGGACGGGACAACUACAAGGAGAUGUACCUCUUCAUCUACAGGACAGACAGUGUGUCUGUGGUGGACACCUACCAGUAUGAGGAUCCCCAGGAUGUCUUCAGUCGAGAGCCAUUCAUCCUGAGGGUCUCAGCACCCAGCACCAAGGUGCAGGACUUUGUGCUGGUGCCACUGCACUCAGCCCCACACGAUGCUGUCGCUGAGAUUGAUGCUCUCUACGAUGUCUACCUGGCCAUUGUCAACAAGUGGGGGACCGAUAACAUUAUGUUCCUGGGGGACUUCAACGCUGACUGCGCCUAUGUGCAGCACAGUGACUGGUCAUCCAUCCGCCUGCGCACCAGCGACAUCUUCAAGUGGCUGCUCCUGGAUGGCACCGACACCACGGUGGGGAAGUCAGACUGUGCCUAUGACAGGAUCGUGGUGUGCGGCGCCAAGCUGAAGAGAAGCAUCGUGCCCAAUUCUGCUGGUAUCUACAACUUCCAGCGUGCUUUCCAGCUGGAGCAGGAAGAGGCCCUGGCAGUCAGCGACCAUUAUCCAGUUGAGGUGAAGCUGACAGCUUGAAUUGGCCUGUGGCCUCAGACCAUGAUCCAGAUC